AUGCUGGAAAGCAGUGUUAAUCAAAAUCCUUCGCAGCAAUCUGUGUAUUCCCCCUCAUCGCGUCAUCCGAAUCCCCCCUCAGCCGGGGCUGUCGCCGCCGCCUCAUCAUCGACACAAUUAGAAUCCGGCAGUUCCAGAUCAACAUCGACAUCCACUCCUGCGUCUCUCAGCGACACCACCAACACCCCCACCUCGUUCGCGGCCCCGCUAUCGACCUCCGCCGCCGCCGCCGCCCGGGGCUCUGCUCGUCUCUCUUCCCACCUUCCGCAACGUCACGAUGUUCCGCCUUACAUCUCCCAUCAAUCGCACGAUUCAUCAACUGCCUCCUCUCCCUCUGUCCAACAACCUUCGACAACCGCCACGCGGUAUCCUUCCUCCUCGUCUCCCUCCACGAACACACCUGCGGCCGCCGUUCCCCGCCCGUCGAUCUCGUCAAUGAACCCCUCUUCUUCUGUUACCUCUGCCUCGUCCGCUGCUUUCAGUCAUGGCCCUUCCACAACAUAUCCACCGAGCAACAUCAAUCACACAUCGACUUCGCGUUCAGGAAGCCACUCGUCCCCCGCAUCAUCUCGACUACAACCCUCCAGUCGACCAUUGCGGUCUUUCACGGGAUCGGAGGCUAGCUCUCCCAAUCGCAUCAAAGUCCGAGAUUUGUCCCAUGUUCAAAGCUUCGCCUACGAGGAAUAUUAUGCCCAAUCGCAGAGGGAUUCGCAAACCCCGGGGCAAUGGGAACAAAAACGCCAAUACGAAAUCAGUUCCAUGCCGGUCACGGAUAUCAUUGAGAUGGUCGCGGGGCUCUUGACUAAAAUCACCACCAGCAACGAUGUCCACCACGAACAGAUGCAUCAACACCUUCCUUCUCCCGAUGGUACGGCCAACCUCAGCCCUCAGGCCACCAGUGUACUGGCCUUUCAUGGCAAAAAUGUACCGGGGAUUUCGAUUCUUAGCUACCUAACUCGCAUCCAUAAAUACUGCCCCACUACCUACGAGGUCUUCCUCAGUCUGUUAGUCUAUUUCGAUCGCAUGACCGAAAUGGUGAAUAAGGGUCACCUUGACCGGGUACAGCAUCGUUGGGGUGACUAUUCCGGUACAGAGGCCGAGAAUAAUAAUGAUGCCAACUCUCAUAAUAUCAUCUCUCCGCCCGAAGCUGAGCGGAUGACUCAACCGUCACAUACCUCACCUAUAGUGACACCACCGUCGUCCACCGGGAUGGUCGCGCAGGACCCGACCAGUCCCUCAUCUAUCUCACCGUCAUUACGUCCCCAGGGAGCAGGCCACCCCUUCUCUCAUUCCUUCGUUGUCGAUAGCUAUAAUAUUCAUCGGCUGGUCAUCGCGGGCGUGACCUGUGCUAGUAAAUUCUUUUCUGAUGUUUUCUACACCAAUUCUCGAUAUGCCAAGGUCGGAGGUCUCCCCUUGGUGGAAUUGAACCAUUUAGAACUGCAAUUUCUACUGUUGAACGACUUUCGACUAUCGAUUCCCGUCGAGGAAUUGGAGUCGUACGGAACGAUGUUGGUUGAAUUCUAUGCUCGGGAGGUAGUAUCCCAGCAGCAGGCCCAAGCCCCUUCGAUCAAUCCUUCAAUAGCCUCUGCACGUCAACCAGAGGUCCGUCAGACGCCAACGCCGCCAUAG